UCAAAACUUCAUUUUCUUGCCAAGUCUUUUUCACCCAAUAGCAGUCAAUCAUGAACCACCGCGACAUGAUGGCGAAUGAUAUCAAUGCCAUGCUCGACAAUGCACAACCUCAGUUAACCGAUUAUUGUUGCAUCUACAAGGUCCCCUUUGAUAUUCGCAGACUCAACGACGACGCAUACACCCCCAAAGUCAUUUCCAUAGGCCCUUUUCACCACCGUCACCACCAACACCCCCGCCUCCAAAACAUGGAACGACACAAACUUAUUUACUUCAAAGCAUUUCUCGAACGUGCUGAGGCAACUAUACAACCUUUGAUUCACUACGUAGAUUCUAUCGUACCUAAUUUUCGUCAUUGUUAUUCCGAAACCUUAGACUUUACCGAUCAGGAACUCGUUGAAUUAAUCUUAAUCGAUUCUGCUUUCAUAAUUGAACUUUUUUGUCGAUCCUAUAACAAUGUUGCUUGGUCUCAAGUUGAUGCUCUUCUCUUAAAACCUUGCAUAGCUAAUAAUAUAAGACUAGAUUUGUUAUUACUUGAAAAUCAAUUACCCUUUUUUGUUGUUGAAAAAAUCUUCAAUAUUUCUUUUAGUGCUAAGACUAAUUUCCCUUCUUUUCUUGAGCUCACUUAUUAUUAUUUUUCUUAUUACAACAAAUCAAAUUUGGCUUCUAAUAAUAAUGAUAUUAGCAUAAGGCAUUUCACUGAUCUAAUUAGAAUUUUCUACUUGCAACAUCCAAUGGACAAACGACCACGUAGAAUUGAUGAAUCGAUGAAUCUUCUUCAUAGUGUAACUGAAUUGUUAGAAGCGGGUGUUAGGUUUAAAGUGAACACUGAAAGUAAGUGUUUACUUGACUUGAGGUUUUCGGGUGGAGUUCUUGAAAUUCCUCAAUUAAGAGUCGAGGAUAUGACUGAGAUUUUGUUACGGAAUAUGGUUGCUUUGGAGCAAUGUCAUUACCCUUAUGAGUCCUACAUUACUGAUUACAUUGGAAUUUUGGAUUUUCUUAUUAACACUGGAAGGGAUGCGGAUAUACUUGUUAAGAAGGGGAUAUUGGUUAAUUGGCUUGGGGAUAGUGAUUCUGUGGCUAACUUGUUUAAUAGUAUUGGUAAAAAUGUUGCACUUACUAAUUCCAAUUUUGAUUACUAUGUUCUUUGUAAAGACUUGAACGAUUUUUUUAAUGAUCCUUUGCAUAAACUGAAGGCUACUCUGAGGCGCGACUAUUGUAGCAAUCCUUGGCAAACUGCUGCUACCGUUGCUGGAAUUUUACUGCUGAUUCUCUCUUUACUUCAAUCAGUUUGUUCUGUCUUGCAAGUUGUAUAGCAUUAGAAAGACUCCUAGUAAGUUCAAUCAUUCUUGGAUUCUUAUUGUAAUUCUUAUUACUUCCAAUUUAUGUUGUUUUGCUUGUUUGGUUAUUUUGUGUGUUGUAUUAGAUCAUAAUUGUAAUUUCAU